CGUACGCGGUGCUCCGGGAGCGGCCGCGGCGGAGACACUCAGGACGGCGGUGGAAUCAUGGCCUCGACCCGCCUGGAACGGGCCCAGACGUGGCUGCUCAAGGCGGCGCUGGGCGCCCUCUUCGCGCUGUUCCGGCUCCUCUCGCCCCGGGCGCCCGCCGCCGGGUCCGGCAAGAAGCUGCCGCCGGUCAGCGAGCCGCUGCUGCUCGUGUCCGCGACGCAGCUCGCCAAGAAGAUCCGGCGACGAGAGGUGUCGAGUGUGGAAGUGGUGCAGGCUUACGUGGACAGGAUCCAGGAAGUCAACCCCUUUCUGAACGCUGUGGUGAAAGACAGGUUCGCCGCCGCCCUGCAGGAGGCGGCCCAGGUGGACAAGCUGAUCGAGGAGGAGACCGGAGGAGAGGAGGUGCUGGAGGACCGGCUGCCUCUGCUGGGAGUCCCGCUCUCCGUCAAGGAGUCCUUCGCCCUCCAGGGCAUGCCCAACGCGACGGGCGUGAUCGCCAGGCGAGGGGUCGUGUCCGCCGUCGACGCCCCGCCCGUGGCCCUGCUGAAGAGGGCGGGGGCCGUGCCGCUGGGCGUCACCAACACCAGCGAGCUGUGCAUGUGGUGCGAGUCGCACAACCGCCUGAGGGGCAUCACCAACAAUCCGUACGACCUGGAGAGGAUACCGGGAGGGAGCUCGGGGGGCGAGGGCAGUAUACUGGGCGCGGCCGGCGCGGUCAUCGGCGUGGGCGCCGACAUCGGUGGCAGCAUCCGUAUGCCCUGUUUCUUCAACGGAAUCUUCGGCCAUAAGACCACUCCUGGCGUCGUGUCCCCCGAGAACCAGCACCCUCCCUACACCGGCCGACACGAGGAGUACCUCAGCACCGGUCCCAUGUGCCGCUACGCUGAGGACCUGCUGCCCAUGCUCAAGAUCAUGGCGGGACCCAACGCCCACACGUUGUCCCUGGACACGAAGGUCGACCUGAAGAAGCUGCGAUUCUUCACCGUCCCUCACGACGGCGGCGGCUCGCUGACGAACCCCGUCAGCGGCGAGCUCGUGGACGCUCAGAGAAAGGUGGUCGAGCGUCUGGAGGCCGACCUCGGAGUGCAAGUGGAGGAAGUGCAUUUCCCCGAGUUGCGAUAUGGCUUCCAGAUCUGGGACACCUACAUGGGCCUUCCCGACAAGGAGGGCAAGCCCCCUGUGCCGUUUGCCGUGCGGAUGGGGGAACCAGGGCGACCCGUGUGGCCCCUGUGGGAGCUGCUGAAAUGGAUGGUGGGAAAGUCAGAGCACACCAUGGCUGCUAUUGCCCUGGCCCUGGUGGAGAUGACCCACGUGUCCAAACCCUCCCCCUUCAUCCUCCAGCAGAAGGAGCAGCUGCAGAAGAAGGUGGACGAGCUGCUGGGCACCGACGGUGUUUUCCUUUACCCGUCGCACCCGAGAGUCGCCCCCAAACACCACCACCCGCUCUUCAGACCCUUCGACUUCGCCUACACCGGCAUCAUCAACAUCCUCGGGCUGCCGGUCACCCAGUGUCCUCUGGGUCUGGGUGAGGAGGGCCUGCCGCUGGGGGUGCAAGUCGUGGGCGGCAAGAUGCAGGACCGCCUGACCCUGGCCGUGGCCCUCUACCUGGAGAAGACAUUCGGAGGCUGGAGGGAGCCCGGAGCCAAGUGAAACCGAGGCACCCUGCCGUCGGCGGGUCUCCAGACUUUGCGGAUGCGGGCGGCGUCCCUGCUCGCUGCAGAACACAAAAAUCAAAAGAGAGGUACAAUCAGUGCACUUGGAUGUUCAAGUUAGAAGUGUUGUUUUAUACCAAUGAGGGGGACGAGCAGUUCUGUCGUGAUUUUAAUCAUCUACCCUUUUCAGGGACUGUUGCGUCAUGAUUUUCAAAAUAUCUUGAAAUUGAGCUUUUCACAUUAUCACGCAAAAACAAGGAUUUUGUGCAGGACAUGAAUGUUUCUCUACUUCUUCAGACAUUGGCGCCACUUCAGACCUUUACUACCUAAAGAACCAUAGCGUGUCAGUGCACCGCCAACGAUGGCCGCUCUCGAGCCUUUUUGGCAACUCUAAGCCAAAGUUCCGUUUCGUUUUAAAAACAUACCGGAUGAUGGGUGAAGGUACAGGUAGAAAAUAAAUCUGAAGGCUAAAAAAUAUGAGGGCAUUUCUUAUAACUAUAACAACAAACAGCUGAAGAUUUAAACUAUAGAGUAAAGUGGCCAUGUGUAACAACGUCAGGAGAUCCAAUAUGAUACAGCAUCUUUGCUCCCGCAAUGAUUUAACGUUGUGCAGCGCCGGAGGAGGUGGGGCCAAAUAUCUAACCAGCGUGCAGUGUGUUACGGCAGCGCCACAUGAAGUCGAAUGUACCUGUUAAAGAGUCACGAAGGGUGAACUUUGUCCUGCUUACUGAUCCAGAGAGGAGACAAUCAGCCAGAGUAAAGAAACGUGACGAGUGCAGGCCUGUUAUGCAAACCUUUUAACUUCUACCCAAUGAAUUUCAUGUCACACUGUAAUAUAUAUAGAGGGUUGAAAGUGAUAGGGAGAAGACCUACCUGACAUCAACCGUUUCAACACGCCCAAAGAAAACAUGUGCUAAGCCUUUGUUGUGUGAUAAUGUGAACGUUGCGUGAUGGCAGUUUAAUUGUUGUGCCUGCUUUUAAUGCUGCAAUUCGUUUGUUUCAGCAAAUAAAAAAAAAAAUGAAUAAAAAAA